UUGCAGUUCAGCCCUUUAGUGUCAACCCGAAGGGACACCAGGUUAGGUAAGCCAGACUCCGCCCUUUUGUGUGUGGAGGUACUAUCGUAUAAAAAACCAUACAGGAGAUGACACCAUUCGUCACUCAUCGACACAGAUCAAACAUGCAGUAUACCGUUCUAGUACUUGCUCUUGUGGCACUCCUGCCUUUCACGACAUCGUACCCAACCUCAGCCGGAACCUGCAUUGCCUCUCCAGAUCCCAUUGCCGCCGUAGGGGCAAUGGGCACACUCGCACCAACCCUCCCUAUAACUCUCACAGCAACCCAAACAAACACAUCCACCACCGUCACACUCAAUGGCACCGGCACAUUCGCGGGACUCCUCCUCUACGCUGCUCCUACCAUCGACGCACAACAGCAUGUAGGAACUUGGAAGGUGGAUAAUGCCUUGUACAAGACAUUGGAUGGGGGGCCGGAAACGUUGGAUUGUACGGGGUUUGGAAGAAGCAGUACGCUUUCGCAUGCAUCUCCCGCCCCGAAGAAUUUUCCUGUAGAGUUUACGUUGGAAGGUGCUGCGGGGGUUAAGGUUUGGGGAGUGGUAGUUGUAAGUGCAGAGGUGGGUUUUAGGGCGGUGGAAAGUGGCGUGGUGUAAUGAAGGCAUUCGGAUACUUGACAUCAAUCCAAGGUCCAAAGGUGCAUCGACCUGUGUAAAGAAUUUGAGAAGGGUUCAUGACAUUAUACACGCAUUACGCAUUAUCCUUGCGUGCAGCGUAGGUGUUCCAAUAAUAUCAUGUUAGUUACGUUGAUAUAUCAUGA